AUGGUUUCUUAUACUAACCAUGCCCUAGACGAGUUCUUGGGUGGUCUACCAACUGAAGGUAAGGUUACAGUAGAUCUGUACUGUUAUACUCCGCCAAUGUGAAACACCGUUUUAGAUUGGGCGAAAGCUUAUCAGGUUAUAUGUGAACUCGCGCGUGAUCAAGUCGUAAGUCUUGAGGCUGCGAUAUGGUUGCAAGCACAUUAUGUCCACUGUAAUAAAAUUCGGAAACAGCAAAUAUUUCUUUCCAUUUCAGGGUCUAAUAAAACACUUAAUGACAGCUGUCCCAUAUAAAGCAGUGAGACUUUGUUUUGAUGGAACCUUCAGUGAGACCAAGUGUUCACCUAGGCUCUGUCUCGAGAACAUUUUGAGGAGCUUUGCGGUUAAUGAUCUUUCUAAGCUGUCUGAGUUCGUAAACGGGAGUGGGAUUUUUGGCAACGAUGGAAGUGUUUAGAAACACUUAAAAGUAACGUGUCGCAUUGUUUGCGUCAGGUUUGGUCAACAAAAAAUUUAAUAUGCAUCUAACUAUGCUAGGAGGACGUUUUUGAAUCAUGGACGGCAAAAGGAAGUCGAAGGCUUUCUUCUUUGGUUCGUAUUAUCAAUGGUGGGAGUGAAAACGCGCCAAAACUAAGAACAUCGACUUUCGUUUGCCUCCCAUGGUUAAAAGCGUCUGUGCUUAACUUUCUGGUAUGAGUUAAUCAAAACGUGGUUUUGUUAAAGGGGUUGUCCGUGUCGGUGGACGUUGCAGCGACAAGUUGAAGUGCUGCUCCCUUAAAGUUCAGCGGAAUGAAGCCAUUGCCAAAGAGCAAAUUCCUCGGAGAAUUUCUACGGCGAUAAGAAAUGUUCGCGAUGAACUGAGAGACUUAGAAAAAGAUGGAUCCUUGAAGCGUUGCACCGCUGUACUGAAAUUUUCUAGAGGAGGAAUUCUGUCCUUUCAUAUACUAAAGCAGUUUAUGUCAAAAUGUCACUCCAGGUGGUUCGAGAGGGAACAGACCCAAGGCCUAGACGAUCUGUUGUGCGACUGGUUGGGUGUGCAGAUGGUAGCAAGGAGGGACUCCAAGAAGAAACAUGAUCAUGAUGUGAACGGUAACGAAGAUUUUCAAACGCAGAUGUCGGAUCGUAACUUUUCAAACGAGGAGGAUUUCGAAGACGACGAUGGGGCAAACGCAGUUAAACCUUCUGAGGUGACCAUAUGCACGACAGAAGACACUAAAAACCCAGUUGGGCUGCGCAGGAAUCUCCAACAAGAGUUAGUCAUGUCUGAAGACGGAGAAAAACGUUACCAAGACCCAAAACGAUUGUCAGUAAAUCAACGAUGGAAACUCUACAGGUUGUGGGUUCAGAAAACCGAAAAACAUUACUUAAAUCAACUUCAGAAAAAGCAGCCGGAUUACGAAAUGGUAUUGGCAGGUAAGUUUGAAUUGAUGCUUGAAGAAGACUUCCGUGUUCUUCGAAACGCAUGUGUCAUUGGCAUGACAACGACCUGCGCCGCCAGAUACCGCCGUAUUCUUCAGCGGAUUCGCCCUAAAAUUGUGUUAGUUGAAGAGGCUGCUGAGGUACUGGAGGCUCACAUUAUUACGUCAUUGACGAAAGGUUGUCAGCACUUGAUUUUGAUUGGAGAUCACCAGCAACUAAGACCCAAACCAGAAGUCUAUGAAUUGGCCAAGAGGUACAAACUGGACGUGUCGCUGUUCGAAAGAAUGGUGAAAGUUGGAAUUCAGUGUGAGAGGCUGUCCGUUCAACAUCGCAUGAGGCCUGAGAUCGCCGCCCUGAUGAAGCACGUCUACUACGAUCUGGAAAACCACGAGUCAGUGGAGAAAUACGAAGACAUCAAAGGAAUGAAAAAGAACAUGUUCUUCAUCGACCACAACCAUUUGGAAGAAUCCUGUGAUGGGACGCACAGCCAUGUAAAUGAGCACGAGGCUAAGUUUCUAGUUGCGCUAUGUCGCUACUUACUACAACAAGGAUACUCAUCCAAUCAAAUAACACUUCUGACGACAUACACAGGGCAGAUGUUUGCCAUUAGAGACUGUCUCCAAGCGGCUAAAAGUGAAGAACUUGAGCAAGUACGUCUUACGACCGUUGACAAUUUUCACGGCGAAGAAAGUGACAUCAUUCUUCUUUCGCUUGUGCGCAGCAACAAGGACGAAAAAAUUGGCUUCAUAUCAGAUGUGAAUCGCGCAUGUGUGGCGCUUUCACGCGCCAAGAAAGGAUUCUAUUGCACUGGAAACUUUGCUCUUCUUUCCAAACACAGUGAGAUCUGGGGCAAGAUUGUACCAGAUUUAAAAAAUUGUGGUAGUAUUGGAAACGCUUUGCCCCUUGUCUGUCAAAUCCACCGUGACGAGGUGACGACCGAAACGGCCGAAGAUUUCAGCCAGAACGUUCCUGGUGGGGGAUGUCAGCGGUCAUGUGAAGUGCGACUGGAGUGCGGUCAUGCGUGCAAACGGUUAUGUCAUCCACGUGACACCGACCAUUUGGAGUAUUGUUGUGGAGAGCCAUGCGCUAAGAAAAUCGUGGGCUGUGACCAUGACUGUCCUAGGCGUUGUUACCAAAAAUGUGAAACAGUCUGUUCUGAAUUUGGGGAAAAAACGCUGCCAUUCUGUGGACACAAGCAAACAGUGCGAUGUGGCAAGGACUCGAGCAGCGUGCAAUGCAGAGAACGGUGGGAUAAAAUUCUACCUGCAUGCUCUUACCGUUGUCAGAGUCGUUGCGGUCAACCUUGUACCAAACAAUGCCAAGAGUACGUCAAGAGAACGAAUUGGCCAUGUGGACAUGAAGUCACCAUUGCUUGCUCAGCCACUCAGGCAGAUUGUCCAAUCCCCUGUGUGGCCACUUUGGAAUGUGGUCACCAGUGCUCUGGAAAGUGUGGCGAGUGUCGAAUGGGUCGGGUGCACAAACGGUGCGGAUUGAGGUGUGAUCGUGUGCUGGUAUGUUCUCAUCUUUGCAAAGAGCCAUGUCCAAUGUCCUGUCCGCCAUGUUCCUUGCUGUGCGAAAACCGUUGUGUCCACACCAAGUGCAAACACCAGUGUGGGCAGGCGUGCGUGCCGUGCAGUCACAAAUGCGGGUGGAGGUGUGUCCAUUAUAAGUGCGAUAGACGGUGUGGUGAGCUGUGCAAUCGUCCAAGAUGUGACAAACCUUGUAAGAAGAUUCUCAAAUGUGGAAGUAGGCGUUAUCCCCACCCUUGUCCUGGUUUGUGUGGGGAGGUCUGCAUUUGUGCCGUGUGCGAGAAAAACGAUGGUACAGAUGCAAUCACCGAAAUUUUUUUAGGUGGAGAAGGCGAAGAAGAUGCACUGUUCAUUCAGCUCCCAGACUGUAAACACAUCUUCGCCGUGUCGGAUCUUGACAAGUAUUUAUGAUACUUUGCUUACAUGUAUCUUCUCAUAUACCGUGAUGAUUCGAUUUAGUUCCCUCAAUCUCCCACCAGCAGGCGUUUUGCUGAACUAAACGCUCCCCCGCCAUUUGAAGACGUUUUUUGUGUAGAAGCGCCGCCAUAGCCAAUGUGUGUCUCUUCUAAUGUUAACGCUCAGACAACUUAGUUAAGGUCUUAGUUCAGAAUGAUUCCUUUAGCUAGAUGAACUUCACAGAUUUAUUUAUUACCCGGGCACUAAAUAGAAUCAUUACUGUAAACGGUUAGUUGUACAACAUUUCAACAACAAGGCCUUGUUUUUGUUAAGUGAAUUGCAGGAACGCUUUAGGAAUUAUAUAUUGUGGCCAUGCGCGUGAAUAAUCCUGUUUCAAAGUACUAGUUAAUGAAUGCUUGUGAAAAUUAUAUAUAUUUUACAAAGUUUAUCGGAAUGAUUCAUAACUCGUUACUCUCCCAGUACAGUUAACCUCUAAUCAACUGACAAUUCAGACAACAGAAUUUAAUAAUGGCAAGACGUUAUUGCUCCUUAGGCACAUGGACAGACCAAACUGUGACACAGAUGACCGUCACGUGAUUCAACUGAGAUCCUGUCCCCGUUGCAACACUGCAAUCCGCAGGAGCCUGCGAUACGGUAAUGUCAUUAAACAGCAGCUACACGACAUUGAGAAAGUGAAGAGCAAGGUGCGUGAGGAGUCGGGUGAAGUGUUAGAGGUGCAGGAAAAGUUAGAAACGCGUUUGAUAGCCCUAAAGGGUACGUUUCAUGGAGAGAACGAGAUGAAGGAGUGGAAGAGGGUAGAGAGAAGUCUGAGACGAAUGGCGAAAGGAUCAAAUACAUUAGCGGUUGUGACUGAAAACCAGAUUACACUGAUGGAACGAUUUUGCGUUAUGAGCCAGAGACUGAAAGAUAAUCUUUUUAGUGUGCCCCGCAGCCAAGUAAGCACCGAGAGUUGCUCAGAAGAUUCGUUCAUGUUUCUAUCUUCUCGGCUUGUGUGUUUAUCAUAAGUGAUCUUUUUGCCCUUUUCUCCCCUCUUUUAAGCACCUCUUCCCCUGCCCUCUCCGGAACGUUUUCAAGAAGCCCCCACCCAGCCACGUCCAUUAAGCCCGCCCUCUUCCUGAGAUAGUAAAUCAAGCGAAUUUUGAAGCUCUACAGCAAUACUUUUGAGGCAUCUAUAUGCUUGUGGAGUUCCACUAAAAGCAGCUAGAAAAACCUCAAUGAACGUAGUGGGUGGAUAUGUGUUCAGGUGGACAGAAUAUGCCCUAGUCCCCCUCCUUCCACUGUCCGCGGCCACUCUUCGAGAAGCCCCAAAAAGAAAUAAGCCCCUUUUCCGAGAUUUAAUAAAGCUUGUAAAUCAUUUAGUGCAAAAUGGUUAAGAAUCAGGAAUCAGGAUAGUACUACUAUAAUUGAACCUCAAAGUGACGUUAAUUUUUCACAGGCUAGAGUCCCUGAGCAUUUUUUGCAGGUUCCCCAACAUUUCGUUAGCACCCAUUUAUACAGCUGGACAAAGACACCGUGAAAGUCAAUUGCCCCGCAGAAGAACACAGCGGCAAUGUGUUAGGCUUCAAUGACACCCGUCUGGCUCAACACACUCAUGAUAAUAUGACCAUAAUGCCUUUAAGCGUUUUACAUGUAAAUGUUUAAAACAUAUUUUGGUCUCUUUUUUAAUUACUCAGUAACCUCUCUUAUGAUAUAUUCUCAGUUUUGUGGUUAUCUUAAGUUUUCAUUUUUUUAAUUUUUGGCCAGGCGUCUUCCUUCAGGGGGAGAUGGAGUACUUGAAAAAGUGUUUCAUGUCCGAAGGAGUCACACACAGAGAAUUUCGUGACAUUAAUCUCGAAUUCACCAGGCUUAAUUUGCAACUCGAGCUGUGUUUGCUGAGAUACAGCGUCACAAGCCUUAACCUGACGCUGGAUGAAUCCUCUAUUCAGCGCAUGAGAGAUGUCCGGGAAGAACUGUCCAGCGGCAAACUCGUAGAGACCAAGAAACUCGAUGAGCUGUUGGAAACGCUGGCAGCAAUCAGGAGAUUGACAAGCCUCGUUUGUACAUAGAACUUUCUUGAGAAAUGAGAAGGGGGCUUGGAUGCAAAUCUGAUCAACUUAUGUGACAAAAGCGUCUCUGAUUGGUUGUUACUUGCGCGCAAAAAUUCAGCCAAUCAGAAACUUUACAAGUAUCUCUGUAGAUUAUUUAUCAGUAUGGAGACAGUAAAGAGGUUUUAGCUUUCAAGGUAAACUUAAAUUUCAUCGGCCUGUAUUAACGGGCUUCUAUCGCAGAAAACGCAGUUCAAAACGACAACUUUCCCAGUUGUUAAUAUUUGUUGCUACCAUUUUUUAUUUCGUUCCCUAUUUUUGACAGAAUUGGACCGGUGGCGACUAGCUAGCGACCCAUCAAUAUAAUUUUCAUUUAUUUACGAAGGACUUAGCGUAGGUACUGUGAUAAAUAUAUCUUCUUUUUGUAGACGUCGGUACCCCUGCCUCUCUUUCGUUGACAGCAGAUGAAAGGAAACAGAUCGUGUCAGCUAUGGGUCUCUCUCAAGGUCAUUGGUUCAAGUGUCCUAAAGGACAUAUCUACGCUAUAGGUGGAUUCGGUGGUGCCAUGCAGAGGAGCACGUGUCCUGACUGCAGAGCUGUGAUUGGUGGAGCAAAUCACACACUGGAAGAGGGAAACGAGCUGGCUCCUGAGAUGGAUGGUGCAAACUAUCCGGCUUGGUCUGAACAGGCAAACGUACAAAAUUACAGCAUUGUAGAUGAAGCAUAA